GAGUGUGUCAAAAAUACCAUUGAUACAAUGAUGUUACAUGGUUUCAGUUCUCUCUACCUUUACAAAAACGAACUUCGCGUACAACUUUCUUCUUAAAGUUACAUAUAAUUUAUAUAAAAUCUAAUUUACAAGCAUUAUUAUUAAACAAAACAUAGUUAGACACGGUUAUUGAAAUGGCUUCUGGCGUCACCAAAGUUAUUAAAAAAUGUGAAGAAGCCGAGGAAACGCAGAAUCUGGAUCUCUCAGAAUGUCAGCUGAUGCAAGUGCCAGACGCCGUCUACCAUCUGAUGCGUCAUACAGAGCUCAAAACCUGCGAUUUAAGCGGCAAUGUUAUCACGAAAAUCCCGCCUAAAUUCGCAACAAACUUUAAUCUUAUCACAGAUUUGAAUCUGUCUCACAAUCAAAUGGCAAAGCUUCCUGAUGAACUUGUGGAUCUUGGAAAUUUGGAACGUCUGGAUAUUUCUCAUAACACUUAUAUUGCACUGCCAAAUGUUGUCUUCAAAAUUCCGAAAUUGACGAGGAUUUACGCAAAUCACAAUCAUAUUGCCGAUGUGGACACCGAUAAAUUGCGCAACGCCCCAUCUUUACGCGAAAUCGACCUGAGGAACAAUCCGCUUUUACCUCGUGCUCAUGGAAAACUGAAGCAGUUGACUUUCCCUGAGGUUAAGAUUUCUGAACUUGAAGAGGAAGAAUGGGACUUGGAUGUCUGAUUAUUAUGAGAACUCAGUUUUAUAUUAUUUAAUAAAUGUAGAUUUAGUUUUGUAUAUAGUUUUUAUAUCAUACUAAAAUCCGAGUCUGUGGUGAAAACAGAAAAGUUAAUUUUUCAUCAAAGGCUUGGAACAUAUCAACCACAAUUGUGUACUUGUGUAAGUUAAGGUCUGAAUUCGCUGCUUCAAACCACGUUAAUUAUUUGAAUGAUGAGGACGACGGAUCUUUAAGGGUAUUUUAAUUUAAACUAAAAAAAAAAUAUUGUAAAAUAACUUUCUUAUGAUAUCAUUUUCAGAACUUUCAAAGGGGUAUAGAUACCUCAUUAUGCUAUCAUGAACAUUAUAUUUUAAACGUACUUCGAUUUUUAUAUGGACGUCGAAAAAACUUAGUUUAUAAAAAAUCAUAAGAAAAUAAAAUAGCUUAUAUUUUUGACACAUUUCAAUAACGAUAGAAAAUUUGAUUUAUAAAUUGAAUGCCUCAAAAAUUUAUAGAAUUCUUAUUAAGGUGCUUAAAAUUGGGUGACAUGGAACUAUAUGCAAACAUUUAGCGGUACGAUUUUCUUUUCCAAUAUUUUGUGGUUGAUAUUACCAUUAAUUUAAGAAUCAAAGUCUUAAGGGUUAUAUUAUUUACUCUGAAAGACUAGCGUUUAUUGUGUGAUAAUUUUUAGAUUUUAUACUUAAAUUUAUAAGAUGUUUGUGUAUUAUAAAACUUGAACUAGAUUAAACGGGUGCAAUGAGAACAUAUUAAAAAUAUAAAGAAUCUUUAGUACAACUAUUACUUAUUGGUUUAUAAUAGGUCAAACUAUAGCAAAAUUUUAAAAUUUGUAUUAUUUUUUUCUUAAGAUUAGUGCUCGUACCAAAAAUCUUAUUGCCCCAAAUUUAUCAUAUCUAACACUAGCCUAUUUUUAUAUAUUUUUACAAAGAAAAUGCGAAAGUUAUAUAUAUUAUAGAUAUUUUUACG